AUUUUGAGGGAGAAAAUAAAGUAGAAAUGACUGUUUAUUCAAAAUUACACUGUGGUUUUAUGCAGGCGUUGAAUAUACGGAAUAUCUAAUGGAUAAAUAAUGCAGAAGCUACUAAAAUAAAUAGUUAAUGAAUUAAUCGUUUGUGCAGGCAUUUUUGUGAAGAAAAAAAAAGAUUAUUUCAACGACUAACUCAUUUUCCAAUGAGCGUUUGGGUAAAGUUACAGCAUAUGAGCCACAUGCCCUUUUGUGAAAUUAAAUCAUGAAUUAGAUUUAUCGAAAUCUACUGCAAUAGCUUAGCGUAUCAAAGUACACAAAGGGUCUUACGGGUGUUGAUUUCAAUGGAUUCAGACACGGGUAUCCGAAUAAACAAUUAUUUAACAGUCUCUGUGUAUAUGCAAUAGUUUAAUAAUCUUAACGUGGAUGUACACAUUGCCUUUGUUAUAGACGUAUCUUUUGUGUCUUUAAAUUUCUUUUGGAUAUUUCGAAUAUUCGGAUGAUAAACUUUUGUAUAUAUUAUUUGGAUACUUGUAUCUAUGGUGUCUCCAUCAACUUCACCAGGAAAACCUUCGAAACCAAAGUUUCCUCUGUUCAACCGGCUCUUGCAUGAAAGUCUGUCUGGGAGGGUACCGGCACGGAACGGUAAUUAUCCUGAGUGUCCAGCUACAGCCCCUGUGCUCUUAUGCUCAUCUAAAACAAGUAUUGACGACAUGGCAAAAGAAACUGUUCAUAAAGAAAAAAAUCUGAAUACCAAAGAAGAUGACAACCUAGAGGAACACCCUAUCAAACUUCUUGAUCCUCCAAAAACAAAGUUAAAACGUCAGCUGUCCAGAGACACAGUUGAUCGAACAGAUGAACUGCGUGUCAGAAAGAGACCUGCAAUUCUACGCUAGUCAGAUUUAGGUCAAGAUAUACCAUCGAGGAAAGAUGAGGUUGACAGCGGUAGACCAUCCUCCUCAGCCAAUGUUGUUCAUUUUGAUACACUAAGACACUACACAGCUAGUGUAUAUGAAACACGAGUCAACACCACAAAACCGGUAACUGUAGUUGCAAGCUCUGUAAGAGAGAACGCACAUCUAUUACCAGAAAUUGUCUAUGAUGCGACAGACAUGCAAAGUCCUACAACACUGAGUAUGUUCCAUUACCUAGUCCUAACCGUUUUAAUCUCAGCGGCAUUGGCCUUACGUUCACCGUUUACCAGUAGGACACAUGCGGGUGGAAAUCGUACCAAUGAGCAAGAAGUGUUUGUAUUUCCUGAUACAA